UCUGCACGGUUUUGCCAUCUGGUUCCAGGUGACCUUCCCUGGAGGGGACUCGGAGAAACCUCUGGUGCUGUCCACCUCGCCUUUUCACCCGGCCACGCACUGGAAGCAGGCGCUCCUCUACCUGAAUGAGCCGGUGCCGGUGGAACAAGACACGGACAUUUCUGGAGAGAUCACUCUGCUGCCCUCCCGGGACAACCCCCGACGUCUGCGCGUCCUCUUGCGCUACAAAGUGGGGGACCAGGAGGAAAAGACCAAAGACUUUGCCAUGGAGGACUGAGCCUUGCCUUUUCUCCCACCCACCUUCUUCGGAAGGUCCGAAGAGGAAGGGAGAGUGACUUCAGUCUUCAUUUGAGGACAUUCUUCUGGCAAUGUUUAUUUAAAAAGCACCUUUUGACAUUAUCAACAUGACUAUACAAGAAGAGCAGCAUAUGCCACUGAGUACCACAGGAUCCAAAGAGUGCCGCAGCCUUUGGAAUGAGCACACUUGGGAGGGAUGAAAGCUAGAGGCGUGUGGACACCCAGGCACUGUCUGAUAUGUUAUGUGGAUUGGGACUGGUAACGUGGAGCCCUCAAGGUUCCAGGCCUAGAUUACCAGACCCAAGAGAGAGCAUUAUGGUAAAGUUCACCUACCUCCCUCACAGCUUACAUUCAUUUAACACUGUGGAAACUCCUAUUUUUUCCCAUUUAUUGAGCCAAUGAGCGUAGUUAAAACUACAAUCUAAUAGUCAUUGUGAUAGGUAUUUGGGACUACAAACUAAAAGAAUCUGAACUCUGCCCUCUAAUACAUAACUGCCACUAGAGAAACUAAAAGCCAUGAUGAUAGGAUGGGCUGGUUUUAGUGUCAGAAAGUAUAUAUUUAUUAUUUUACACAUUAAGUAAAAAGGUUUCUAUAGAAAUUGAUUUGCAUAUAUAUAUAUACAUAUAUAUAUAUAUAUAUCUUAUAUGUAUAAAUACUUUAUUGUUUUGUGAGAUGGAAUCACAAGUAGUGCAUCACUGUCCUGCAACUCACAAUGUAACUGACAAUGACUUUGGACUCUUGAUGUUCCUGGCUCCACCUUCCAGAUGCUGGAGUUAACAGCCCUGUACCACUGUGCCCAGCACACACCUAAUUCUUCAAAGUUAGAUCUUAAGCACAGCUCUUUGACUUCCUUAGCCUGAACAACAAUUCACUGUCAUUGAUCCUUCGUAUUUCAGUAGAGAACAGAACACUACAGACCACCAUAAUGGUAACAAAGGUUUAAUUAUUUGAUGAUAAAGGAAAAGUUUAGUGCUAGAAAGACUCAACAGAUGAGUCUAGACCUUCCUGGAUCGUCUGCAGGGUACAACUCCUUGAGUUUGAAAUAGUAGCCACUCACUGGGACAACCCCUAUUUUUAUUUCCCUAACAGUUAAUCAAAGGUAACACUCUGGGGUCCUCAGGAAACUGAAUCCAUGACAGUAGCAAAGGCAAGUGAACUCCUUGUCACGUUGGCUGAGGGGCAGCUGAUAGCUCUCAAGGAGAUACAGAAAAUGGAAUAAGGAGUUGGGGAAGGUAGACAUCAAAGUUGCCUGCUGCAAACAGCUGCCAGCCCUGCUGUUAUCCCCACAGUUUACACCACCCAGUACCUAGGAUAGAUGGUACCUAGGGAGCAUUUGCAAACACAGGCCACAUGCCCCCCAUAUGGUCAUCUAUGUAUGUUUCUCCAUUAAUUUUAUUAACAACAACUACAUAGUGUUUAAGCACUAUAAUAAGUACAUCCUCCUCUGAAACAUCUAGAAUACAAUGGGAACAAUAAAAUGACAUCAGUCAUUCUUGUCCGUCCAUAAGCCUGGAAACCCUUUCCAGUUCUUAGCUCUGCUGAGCCAACUUGGAAAGGCAGUUCUCAUCCUUUAAGCCUCUCCAAGGAUUGAAAAAUCCUCUUCCUACCAAUAGGUAGAUUGUGAACACUAUAACACAGAGGGUAUAGUAAAUGAUUAGCUCUUCCUUGGCUACUAAAACAAAUAAAAUUCUAAGACAAAUCUA